UGAUAAAGUUACGGGACAAAACAUUACAAGGAUAAUAGAAGAAUGGGAUGAAAGUAUUAAGGAAUUUUGAAUACAAGAAAUUAAAGAACAGGAAAGGGAAGGAGGAUAAAAGCUAGAAAUACUCUUUUCCUUUGUGUUGAUGAAUGCACCAGGAUCUAGUUUGAAUACAAUAAAUUAAAAGUAAAUAUAUAGUGAAAGAGAUCGAGCUCUGUGAUUUUUCCCAUGUAGUAUAACCAAGCAGAGAUCCUGCACGCCAGAACAAAACAAACUCAUGAGUAGACAUGAGGUGGAUGAGCAUGGGGGUGUCUGCUUUGUGCAUGUGAGAAUGUUCUCACUUUUAACACUUUCUAUGUAUUUGUCUGCCCUUACAGCAUGGAAAUUACAGCCCCUUAUGUGGCAUCCAUGUUCUAGGCAGCAUAUAAAUGAGUAGAGUUCAUUUUACAGUGGACAAUCGAGCUAGCUAGCAAACGUUUUGAGCAAAAAAGACAUGGAGAUCAAGAGAUCCUUUGGGCUUUUCUUCUUGCUCCUCAUUGUCUUGGCUUCUCAGGAGGUGGUGGUGCCUACUGAGGCAAGGGUUUGCUUGUCACAGAGCCAUUAUUUUAAAGGCCCAUGUGCAAGGGACCAUAACUGUGCUUGGGUGUGCAGGAAUGAAGGUUUCUCUGGUGGAAGAUGCAAAGGUUUCCGUCGCCGCUGUUUUUGCACCAAGCUUUGUUAAGCUAAGCAAAGAAAAUGCGGUGAC